UCUUCUCUGUUCCAGGAUGCUCACUUCUAAACCUCUGGAGGAGGACUAUUGGAUUGAAGGAUCCCGGAGAGAAUUGGCUUUGCAGGAUUUCUAUAUCAUGGGACCGGAGCUGGGCAGGGGCGCCACCUCUGUGGUUUACAGCUGCGAAGAGAAAGGAUCUCAUGUCCAGUAUGCUGCCAAAAUAUUGAAGAAAACGAUUGACAAGAAAAUUGUCAGAACUGAAAUUGGAGUUUUGCUGAGGCUCUCCCAUCCAAAUAUUAUCAAACUCAAAGACAUCUUCGAAACCCCCACAGAGAUCACACUGAUCCUUGAGUUGGUGACUGGUGGUGAGCUGUUUGACAGGAUUGUGGAGAGGGGAUUUUACAGCGAAAGGGAUGCAGCCCACGUGGUGAAACAGAUCCUGGAAGCUGUCUCCUAUCUGCAUUCAAAUGGAGUUGCCCACCGUGACCUCAAACCAGAAAACCUUCUCUACGCAGAUCUCUCCUCCGAUGCUCCUCUUAAAAUUGGUGAUUUCGGUUUAUCUAAAAUUGUGGAUGAGCAGGAUACAAUGAAAACUGUAUGUGGCACACCAGGAUACUGUGCACCCGAAAUUCUCCAUGGCUCACCAUAUGGCCCUGAGGUGGAUAUGUGGUCUGUAGGCGUCAUAACGUACAUUUUGCUAUGUGGCUUUGAGCCCUUUUUUGACCCAAGAGGAGAUCAGUACAUGUACAGCCGGAUUUUAAAUUGUGACUAUGAGUUUGUCUCUCCUUGGUGGGAUGAAGUGUCCCUCAAUGCCAAGGACCUGGUUCAAAAGCUGAUUGUCCUGGACCCCCAGAAGAGGCUAACAGUUCAUCAAGCCCUCGAGCACCCUUGGGUGACUGGCAAAGCUGCUAAGUUUGCUCACAUGGACAGCACCCAGAAGAAACUGCAGGAGUUCAAUGCAAGGAGGAAAUUAAAGGCUGCCGUGAAAGCCGUGGUGGCAUCCAGCCGCCUCGGCAACCACAGCCAUCAUGAGGGAUGCAGAAAUGAGCGCCAUCAGGAUGCUACCAAAGAGGACAGCGCAGCUCCCUCAGCAGAGAGUGACCUCUUUCUCCAAGAAGAGAACCUUUACCAGGAGAAGAAGAUGGAGAUUGACAAGGAAGAAGCCAUGACCAUAAACACCCCUUUAGCCAAGGUCGAGAAGCUCGAAGGUUUCCAGAACGAGAGUCCUGUAACCCCGGUGAUGAUUCUUAAUGGCUCCGGCUGCAAAACCUAACUCCACGGAACACUAGCGCAUUGCUCUUGUCACCAACUCAAGGAGUAUAAAGUCUAUCACCAUCACCGAUAGACCAAAUUCUAACAAUGACCAUCAAAGGCCACCACCUGGAUUGAGAGAGCAAUUUAAAUGGAGGACAACCAAAAGCUAGUUGAAAUUAGGAGAAAGUUCUACAGGGACAUCUUCUACAACCUGGCAUCUUCUGGUUAUAUGGGAUUCCUGCUCCUAUCAUCUUCAGCCAGGGAUGAUGGGAGCUAUGAUCUAAUUUUUGGGGAGAGCACCAGACUGGGGAAGGCACUAAGUAGAUAGGCAGCUCUCGGCUGAAGAGCCAUUUGUCUUGUU